UCUUAAUUUUUUUGUCGAAAACAGCUGCGUCGCAAGCUCCAAUACAUCAUAGUAGGUCAACAAACGUCGAACAAAUAUAAUAAUGCCUACACUUUUAUGUAAAGUACACACAGCUAGUGUUUUUAACCCCCGUGUCUUCGUGAUUUCCCUUGAGUCCGUGAAUGUAUCGCGCCAUACAACGUGCAUAAUUAGCCCGAUAAGGAGCCAAGUCAGAGCUCAGACCUUCAAGAUGGUUUAUGUCAUUUUAUUGUGCCCAACAUCACAUUCUUGUGAUGCAUCCUUAAGAAAUGAUUCAUACUAAGUCUGCAUACAGUGCCACACUGCUGCUGCUGUGUGAUACGAGGAGGUGGGAGUAACAGCUUCCUCUGUUUCUAAAAAGAAAUGACGAGACAUCUUCCUGGAGCUGCUGCAGCAGGGGUGGAUUUGGCUUUCGGGCUCCUGCAUUGCACAAUCUUUCCCCUCUGCUCAGGCAGAUAAAUAAGACAAAAGAAAGAGCGCUGGGAGACGAGGAGAAGGGGAAAGACUUUACGGAGGAAAGGACAGAAAAGAGCCACAGUGGAGUGAGGGGGUGUGGAACAUAACUGGUUAAAAGAAAGAGGGGGAGAAGUUGAAUGGCAGAGGAGGAGGUAUGAGAAGAGAAAGGGAGGCAGGGGCAGACACGAGGAGCAGAAGGUAGAGUGAGUUACACUGCAGUAGAAUGAGGGUUAGAGUCAAACAGAAAGCCAAAAAGCAUUUGAGCUGCCAGCCUUUCCCACGCCACUCAGGAUCCGUCGCUUUCUGAAGAGACAAGAGCAGGAAUCCACCGUGGAGGCGAGAAGGAGAAGGAGGAGGGGGGCUGAGGAGGAGGAGGAAGCCAGAGGUUCUACACACAAGAUGGCUGCUGUGUCCUCUGCCUCUGACACUGGGGACCCCAGGGGCCGACAUCCCCCUGAGCGUAGACUGCUGAUCCUGGGGGGGCCACAGUCUGGCAAGACCUCCACCGCCAACACCAUCCUGGGAGAUGAGAUCUUCGACUCUGGGACGGAGACUACCCACAGCAACGUGGGCCAGACGGAGAUCUAUGGCCGACGGGUCACUGUGGUCGACACUCCACCGUGGGCCAUUCCCAGUGACCCAGAGGACAACGAGGAAGCUGACAGCAACGACAACGCUGGUGCCGAGUCAGACAGCCCACCGCAGCCCCCGCCAAGCCUGGACAGUGAGGGGCCAUGCAUGGGAGCCAUACUCUGCCCCCCUGGACCCCACGCCAUCCUGCUGGUCUUGUCGGUCACCCAGCCCUUCACUGACAUCCACAGGAGGGCUGCAGAGGAGCAGCUCGGUGCGCUGGGUGGAGGGACAUGGAGGUACUCCAUGGUGGUCUUUACUGGAUUGGACAAGCUGCCUAAAGGUGUGUUCAUUGAGGAGCACAUAGCGAACACUGGAGAGGCCCUACAGUGGCUGGUGGAGAGAUGUGGCAGCAGGUACCACGCAUUUGAUAACACUCGAAAAGACACAGAAGACAACUCACAGGUACCAGAGCUGAUGGAAAAGGUGGAGGAAAUGAUCACUGACAACCAAGGCUGGUACUUUGAGGUGAACGAGUUGAUUUUACUAGAGGAAGAGCAAGCCAGGAGAGCUCUGGAAGAGGAGAGGAUGAGGAUGGAGGAACACGCUAGACAGAGGGAGCAGAUGAUCGGAGGACCUCCCAGAGAGUUGAGACUGCUGUUGUUGGGCUGGAAGGGUGUCGGGAAGAGCUCGGUGGGGAACUCCAUUCUGGGCCGUCGAUACUUUGAGUCGGGCCAGGAGACAGAGCUGUGCCUUAGGAGGCAGGCGCUCGUAUCUGGUCGUCGGGUCACCAUCGUUGACACCCCGGGCUGGGAUUGGUUCUCGGUCAGGCGAACCCCAAAGCGCAUCCGCCAGGAGUCCCAGCGUGGAGCUGCCCUCCUGCGACCCGGACCCCACACCCUCCUGCUGGUCCUCCCCGUGGUGUCAUCGCUCACCGCCAGGAAGAGGCGAACGCUCCUGGCUCACAUAGAGACUCUGUUUGGGGACAGUGCGUGCCUCCACACCAUGGUGUUGUUCAGCUGUGGUGAUUGGCUGGGCCGCACGCCCAUCGAGGAGCACAUUCUUCGAGGUGGGCGGGAGCUGCAAAGACUACUGGAAUACUGUGGGAACUAUUACCACGUCCUGGACAGUAAGACCCCUGGCAAGGACAGGAGUGUGUCAGUUCUACUGGAUAAGAUAGAGGAGAUGAUCAGAGAGAACGGAGACAAGGCCUUCCUCCCUAUACAGACCGAGUGGUUGAGCGAGGAGAGCUCCUACUCCUCUGACAACACCGAGCCUGAGGAUGACUGUCGAGGAUGCCAGCUACAGUGACAUGAUAACACUGAAAGGAAAGGCUUUUUAUCCUCCUUCAGAGUCCUCAAUAGGCCCAAACAUCAGCUUGUGCAACUCAAACCUGAUCUAGAUAUCCCGCCCUGACUCUGAAGAGUUUUAGGGAAAACAAGCUCUUUGUUAAAAACGACAGAACUCUUUCAUCACUGAGCAAAGCUCAACGUGGACCGAAAGUGCAAUGCACGCCUGAGUUCAAAACACUCUCCCCAAACCCAAGAGGAGAAAUAUUCUGCUUCUGCCUCAAGGGACAAGAACUCAAUCCCUCUUUGUGAGCAUGUAUACAGAUAACUGCUGCUAAAGAGACCCUGUUCAACACUGCAGAGUAAAGAAUUACUCAUCAUUGUAACUAUGUUCAGACCUCGCUAAUACAAGUUGAAAGCUUAAAAUCAAAACCAAAUGCUUAUACCGAUGAUAUAAUCAGGACAGGUCAGAUUUGAUAGUUGGUCUGCAGUAAUAGUGUCACUCUUGGUUAUUGGAAGACGAAAAGGAAAUGUCUCUAUGUGUGAAACCUUGCCUUGACUUUACAAUAUAGUCAUCCCCUCUCUUCAGUAAUACCAUUUCUGUCAUUCAGUUCACAUUGGUGGUUCAAAUUAAAUGGUCUGAGUGAAAUCCACUAAUUGAAUAUCAAUAUGGAGUGUGUGCACACCAGUUUAAAAGUCAGCCUUGAGUUGUCUGUACAGUCUGGUAUCAUAAAAGCAAAUGACAUGAAGCAUCUGCCAACUUUCGGACAUUUUACGAGUGAUGUUAAAAUUCCCUUCAUUAAUAUUUUGUUUGUUUCCGCUCAGGGAGUCAGGGUUGAAAAGCUUCCUCCAGGACAAAAUCUGGUACGUUUACAGGAAUGCUGCUUAACGCUGAUUGCUAAAGCGCAGACUUAAGUCACUUAUGAAUUCAAACUGGAGUUUUUCUGCAAGUAUUUGCUUCACUUUGUUGAAAGUGGUAGAGAGUCCAUGUUUGCCCAUUGGUUGGAAUUGAAAAAAGUAAAUUGAGUGCAUCUAAAGCAGUCAACACAGUCAUACCUAGCCUGCCUCUGUUGUAGCAUUCAUGCACACAAGCAGCUCUAAAAAGCAUUAAGGAGAGGCUGUGUUGAAACUAUGUGCAGUCUCAGAUCCCUGCAGAGCUACUUGGGCCGGCUCUGCUUCGCUGUUUGCAUUCAUGCAUCCAGUGCAUUUAUCGACAAGGUAGAUUCAGCUAUGUGCCUCAGCAUCAAAGCGUGAGAGUUGGAGUACAGCCCUGCAGCAGGCAGUAACCUACUACAUCAGCUACAUCAAGCUUUUGCAUGCUUCAGAAACCACACAACCUCAUGAACCAUACAAGCUCGCAUAGGGUUUUUACUACCUUUUUCUACAUUCAGACAUCUGUUCCUGACAUCCAUAGUGAUGUUUUGAAAAUAUGAAAUAAAUAUAUAUUCAGCUCUCAGAGGCAUGUUAAGACACCGCAUGCAGAUAAAUGAGUGCCUAUGGAGUUGACAGCAACCUCACUUCUUAUUCCUCUGACUCUUGCUCGAGCGAGUAAGUGUGUGGGAAUUUAUGGUCAAGCAUCACAUCUGUCUACCUUUACAACUGCAAAAAAUAAGAGAAAAAAGAGAAAUCCUGCUCUGAAAUUUACAAGUAAAAGCAUAUACAACAUGAGACCGAUACCACUGCCAUGCUGUAAAAUUUUCUUUUAUACACAUGACGUAGCCUACAAAAGAAACCCAGACCCUGCUUCCUCUCUGCUUUACUGACUCUGUGCUUCAUGUAGUGAUGUAGGCUACCGCAGCACUUUGUGUGACGAGCAUGACUUUACAAUUUGAUAUGAGGAUGUUUCAGACAUUCCUCUGGAGUCUUAGAGUCCCACUUCACCUGUGAAUAUGUUGUAUAAGCUGUGUAUAUUUCUAGUAUAAAAUAUGUUACAUUGUACGCAAUUAGCGAAGCAUUUUGCACUGUGUAAGUCCUACCACUUUACUGUAGCCAAAGUGACUUUACUUCUUGUGUGGUCCAUCCUAAAUGGUGAUUGCAUCAUGAGUACUUUGCUCAUCCUCAGAAAACAAUAAAAUAUAUGGAUAUA